AUGAUAUAUCAGCUAAUUUACCAGGUCAUCGUUCCCCUGAACGGCAAAGACUGGGGCUUCCUCCCGGCUUUCCCGGCCCCGGACUGCUACACGCAGGAGAUCGAAGGUUACGGGAACGUGGGUGUUAAUGCGCUGAGUUUUGCCAAGCAGGUUGUCAAGGAAUUCAGCCAGUUCAACAACACCCUCCUCUUUACGGUCGCAAACGAACUGGCCCAGAACGAUAAGAACGGAUGGGCGGCGUUCCCGUGCGUCAAAGCCCUCACGAGAGAUGUCCACCUGUAUCAGGCCUGUCCUGGUUUAGCGGUUUAG